CUGGCAACUACACUGCCAGAUGUCAUACACAUCUGUCAACGCGCAAGAGAUCUGGCAGCCUCGUUGGAAUACCAUAUGUUAUGGUCAUACACAAUUCGCGUCAUACAAAUUCUGAUUACAAUUGUAAAUAAGUAAUGGAUUUCGCAUGGAUGCCAGCUAAAAAACGAGCUCGCAAACCUCGUAAAAUAGAACGGGAAUGGAUGCCAAGCGAUGUGAAAAUGUUGAUUCAAUUGGUUGAACAACGGGAAUUGUUGUGGGACUCGAGUAAAGCGACACACAAGGAUGGCAAGAUGCGCGAGAAAUCCUUUCGCGUUAUCGCCGAGGCUAUGAAUCGCUCUUUGUCCGACUGCAAGGCCAAAUGGGAUAAUCUCCGAGCACAAUAUCGGGGCUAUAAGCUAAAAGCAAUUCAAAAUAUGUCGAUCAAAUGGCAAUACUUUGAGGCCUUGCGAUUCUUAGAUAAAGUGUGUGAACCCCAAAAAUAUAAGAACUCUUCAAUUAUUUGCAACGAUCCAUCAAUGCUCAAGGUUGCCUUUGGCCAGAGUCACGAUCAAUACAUGGAAGAACUGAACACCUGUUCUAGUUUCUUCUCUGCUGCUAGACGAAGAGAAAGGAAGGAGGAAGACUUACAGUCGGUGCAAUUUAGCGACGAUACCAUGAUGGCCAAAGCAAGAGCUGCUCAAGAACAAAACAGCACUUCAGCGCAAAUAUUUGGCGAUUUUGUGGCUGAUCAAAUGCGCAGUCUGCGACCACAUAUAGCUGAUGAUUUAAAGAAAAAUAUAUUAAAAUUGGUACUUGAAGCACUAGAACAAAAUAAGCACUAGACACCUAGCAAUACAACAUUUCUAACUAAAAUAAUUAAGUUUAAUAUAUAUGUAAGUAUGUUCUCUUAACAAUACAAAAUGCUAAUCACUUCGAAACUAGAAUUCAAUUAAAAUUUGAUUAAUAAUGAAAAUGUGCUAAAAACAAUAUAUAUAUAUCGAGCAGGUUCUAUAUAUUUGAAGCCAAACUAGUAUAAUUAUUGAAAACUAGAAAUAAUGCAUAGGCUCGAUUUAAAAUAUUUUGAAUAUUUGAAUUUAUUGAUAUUCUUUUUGUAAGUAUAUAUCGAUAGCACUAUCGAUGUAUUUUAAAUUUCUGAACCUCAAUCUUAAAUUAUUAUAUUGAAUAUUCUUGCAGCCAAG